GGAGGCAAAGGACACAAAAACAGCUACUAGGCUUGCAGGGCAUCAGUCUGCAGGUGGUCUCUGGGGCUGUGGUUGGGGAACCACGCAGGUGGCUGAGUAUCUAGCUGGCAGCAGCUGGGGAGAGCAAGCACAGCAUAACAGCCUCCUGAGUCGAGAGCUGAGAGGAAAGAGAAGCCCAAGAGAGCAAAGCGCUCUCAGGAGCCUUGCUUCUGGGGCUCUUGCUGGGCUUUAAGUGAAAACUAUCAUUUGGCAGCAAGUAUAAAAUUGAAGAUGCUGACGUCACCAGAGCCAAAGGGCCUUAUCCCCUUUACGGCAGAGUCACUUGAACUCAUUGAAAAUCAUGUUGCUAAAAAAUGCAACGAAGAGCAUGAAGAAGAUUUAAAACCAAGCCCUUAUUUGGAAGCUGGCAAAGAACUGCCAUUUGCCUAUGGAACCCUUCCCCAAGGAAUGGUGUCCGAGCCCUUGGAAGAUAUGGAUCCAUAUUACUAUGUUAAGAGAAAUACUUUCAUAGUCUUAAACAGAAGCAGAGUUAUCUUCAGGUUCAAUGCCAUUUCCAUCUUCUGCACACUGUCUCCUUUCAACUCUCUCAGAAGAGUAGCUAUCAAGGUUUUGGUGAAUCCCCUUUUUCGCCUGCUGAUUUUAAUUAGCGUCCUUACUGACAGCAUGCUUAUGAGCAUGAAUAAUCCACCAGAAUGGAUACUGACAGUACAGAACACUUUGCUUGGGAUUUACACGUUUGAAAUACUUGUAAAAGUCAUUGCAAGAGGUGUCUGGGCAGGGUCGUUUUCCUUCCUUGGGGAUCUAUGGAACUGGCUUGAUUUCAGCGUAACUUUGUUUGAGCUUAUCACAAAGUUUUCAUCACUAAACUUCCUUCCAUUGGUUAAAACUGCAAGAACUUUGAGGAUUUUGAAGAUUAUCCCUUUGAACCAAGGCUUGCUGUCAGUUGUGGCGACCCUGGCCCAGUGUUUGAAGAAACUACUUGGUGCCAUUGUCCUAACUCUGUUUUUUCUGACUGUAUUUUCUCUACUUGGGAUGGGUCUCUUCAUGGGUAAUCUAAAGCACAAAUGUCUGCAUUGGCCCCAAGAAAAUAAAAAUGAAACCCUGCACAACAGAACUGGAAUCCAGUAUUAUAUUUCAGAAAGAGCAAACUUCUACUAUUUGGAAGGAGAGAGAUCUGCUCUCCUCUGUGGCAACGCAACAGAUGCUGGCCAAUGUCCCGAAGGUUAUGUGUGUGUGAAAGAGGGCAGCAAUCCUGACGAUGGCUUCACGAGUUUUGACAAUUUUGGUUGGGCCUUACUUGCUUUGUUUCGAUUGAUGACCCAGGAUUACCCUGAAUUGCUUUAUCACCAGAUCCUUUAUGCUUCAGGAAAGAUCUACAUGAUAUUUUUUGUUGUGAUCAGUUUCUGGUUUGCCUUUUAUAUGGCCAGUUUGUUCUUGGGCAUACUUAUUAUGACCUAUGAAAAGGAAAAGCAGAGAACUUCUGAGAAACCCAGAGACACGGAACCUAAAUUUCAACAGACUAUAAAAGAACACGAGGAAGGAAAUGAAGCAGCUGAGAUGAAAACUACAGAAAUAGAAAUGAAGAAAAGAUCACCAACUUCGAAGAACACUACCUUGGAUAUCUUGGAAGAGACUACCCUCAGACAGAAAGGAGAACCAGAAAUAUCCAGGAAGAAAUGCCCACUGUGUUGGCAUAAGUUUACUAAAACGUGCUGCAUCUGGGACUGCUGCCCCUGUUGGAUAAAACUGAGCAAGUUGGCUGAUGGAAUUAUAGCACAACCAUUUGCUGAUCUUUUUAUUGUCAUAUGCAUCAUUUUAAACAUAUGUUUCCUAGCCCUUGAACAUUUUCCAAUGAGUGAGGAGAUCAUGUAUAUCCUCACAGUUGGAAACUUGGUUUUUAUUGGAAUCUAUACAAUAGAAAUGAUUUUGAAGAUCAUCGCUAUGCAUCCAUAUGGGUAUUUCCAAGUAACAUGGAAUAUUUUGGACAGUAUAAUUGUCUUUUUUGGAUUAACAGAAAUUUUCCUAGCAGGUAUUGAAGAGAUAACUAUUUUUAUUUUGUUCCCGUUGAGAUUUAUUAAACUGGGGAAAUAUGGUCCACCAUUUGAGAAUUUGGUACGUAUCCUUGGUAACACCUUGAUGGCCCUGAAAAACUUGGUCCUGUUGCUCUUCUUAUUCGUUUACUUCUCUGCUGUGUUCGGCAUGAAUCUGUUUGGUCAAAGUUACAAAGACUGUGUCUGCCACAUAGACGAAGACUGUCAGCUCCCCCGCUGGCACAUGAAUGACUUCUUCCAUGCUUACAUGAACGUGUUCCGAAUUCUCUGUGGAGAGUGGAUAGAGACGUUAUGGGACUGUAUGAAGGUCGCAGGCCAGUCUUGGUGUAUUCCUUUUUACAUCAUGGUCAUUUUAAUUGGAAAUUUAUUGAUACUUUACCUCUUUGUGGCAUUGGUAAGCUCAUUCAGUUUAUAUGAUGCUACAAUACCAAAAGUGAACAAAGAAGCCAAAAACUUUCAGCUUGCCAUGGCCAGGAUAAAGAAAGGAGUAAACCAUGUGCUUCUCAAAAUAUUGUGCACAAAAAGAACUAUUCCUACAGAAGCAGGAGACCAAAUGAAUGAUACAGGUGUUAAAGAGAAUGUUUCUGGCCACACCCUUUCUGAACUGAGUGACAGCCAAACGUUCCUGAGAUAUAGGGAAAAGAGCAGUGGCACAGAGAAGACCCCUGCCACUGAAUCAGAGAGCCAGUCCCUGAUCGCUAGUCCCACUGUCUCAGAAACUGUGCCAAUCGCUUCGGGAGAAUCUGAUAUAGAAAAUCUGGAUAACAAGGAGACUCGAAGCAAGUCUGGGAUUGGAGACAGUAAAGAGAAAAUGAAGCAGUCUAGUUCAUCUGAAUGCAGCACAGUUGAUAUUGCUAUCUCUGAAGAAGAAGAAAUGGUCUAUGAGCAUGAAAAGCCAAAGCUUCACAAACAUGGUUAUGAACGAAAAUCUUCACCUGGUCAAGUCAGUAGAGAAUCUAGGAAUGGAAAUAUUUGGAAGAACAUAAGGAAAACUUGCUGCAAGAUAGUAGAAAACAACUGGUUCAAGUGUUUCAUUGGCAUGGUCACUCUGCUCAGCACAGGCACUCUGGCUCUUGAAGAUAUAUAUAUUGAUCAGCGAAAAACCAUUAAAAUCUUGCUGGAAUAUGCAGACAUGAUCUUCGCUUACAUCUUCAUUCUGGAGAUGCUUCUUAAGUGGGUGGCUUAUGGCUUCAAAGCCUAUUUCUCUAAUGGCUGGUACAAGCUGGACUUCAUGGUCAUCAUCGUGUUUUGUCUUAGCUUAAUAGGCAAAACUCGAGAAGAUCUGACCCCACUCACUUCCAUCAAAUUCCUUCGAGCACUCAGAGUUCUCUCUCAGUUUGAAAGAAUGAAGGUGGUUCUGAUAGCUUUGAUAAAAACAACAUUACCCACUUUCAGUGUGUUUCUGGUCUGCCUAAUGACCUGGCUACUUUUCAGUAUUAUGGGAGUACACUUAUUUGCUGGCAAGUUCUAUGAAUGCAUUGACCCAACAAGUGGAGAACGAUUCCCUAUAUUUGAAGUUAUGAAUCAGAGUCAGUGUGAAAACCUGGUAUUUAAUGAAUCAAUGCCAUGGGAGAAUGCAAACCUGAACUUUGAUAAUGUUGGAAAUGGUUUUCUUUCAUUGUUCCAAGUGGCAACAUUUAAUGGAUGGAUCAGUAUUAUGUAUUCAGCAAUUGAUUCUGUUGGUGUAGAUAUGCAGCCUAAUUAUGAACACAACCUCUACAUGUACAAUUAUUUUGUCAUCUUUGUUAUCUUUGGAUUAUUUCUCCCUCUGAGUAUGCUGAUCGGUGUUAUCAUUAGUAAUUUCAACAAGCAGAAAAUUAAGCAAGGAGGAUCAAAUAUCUUUAUAACAGUAAAACAGAAAAAACAAUACCGGGCAUUGAAGAAGCUCCUGUAUGAAGAUUCUCAAAAACCAGCACCCCGUCCCAUAAACAAGUUCCAAGGCUUCAUUUUUGACCUGGUAACACAUCGUGUCUUUAAUGUUAUCAUCAUAGUUCUUAUCUGUUUCCAAGCAACCACCAUUAUGAUACAAAAUGAUGAGCAGAGUAUACAAAUGGAAACUGCCCUCUACUGGAUGGAAGUCAUUUUUGUCAUGCUGUUUACUCUAGAAUGCAUCCUGAAACUCAUAGCCUUCCGCUGCCACUAUUUCACCAAUGUGUGGAAUGUUCAUGAUUUUAUGGUGGUUAUUUUCUCCAUUACAGGAUUGUUGCUGCCUUUGACAGUAGGACAAUAUUUGGUGCCUCCUUCACUUGUGCAACUGAUACUUCUCUCUCGGGUCAUCCACAUCUUGCAUCCUGGGAAAGGACCAAAGGUGUUCCAUGAUCUGAUGCUUCCUUUGAUACUGUCACUCCCAGCAUUGCUGAACAUUAGUCUUCUCAUCUUCCUGGUCAUGUUUAUCUAUGCCAUCUUUGGAAUGUACAACUUUGCCUAUGUUAAGAAAGAAGCUGGAAUUAAUGAUGUCUCCAACUUUGAGACCUUUGGAAGCAGUAUGCUCUGUCUUUUUCAAGUUACAAUAUUUUCUGGUUGGGAUGGCAUGCUGAAUGCAAUUUUCAACAGCCAAUGGUCUGACUGUGAUCCUGAUAAAAUUAAUCCUGGCACUCAGGUCAAAGGAGAUUGUGGGAACCCUACUGUUGGGAUUUUUUAUUUUGUCAGUUAUAUCCUCAUAUCAUGGCUGAUCAUUGUUAAUAUGUACAUCAUGUUGAUCAUGGAGUUUCUAAGCAUUCCUUUUAAGAAAAAAAACAGGACCUUGAGUGAAGAUGACUUUAAGAAAUUUUUCCAGGUAUGGAACAGGUUUGACCCUGAUAGGACCCAAUACAUAGACUCUAGCAAGCUUUCAGAUUUUGCAGCUGCUCUCGAUCCUCCUCUUUUCAUGGCAAAACCGAACAAGGGCCAACUUGUGGCUAUGGAUCUCCCCAUGGCUGCCGGAGACAGAAUUCAUUGUCUUGACAUCUUACUUGCCUUUACAAAAAGAGUGAUGGGAAAAGAUGAGAGAGUGGAGAAAAUCCUUUCAGAGAUAGAAUCUGGAUUUAUGUUAGCAAACCCUUUCAAAAUCACAUACGAACCAAUUACAACCACUUUGAAACGCAAACAAGAGGCAGUUUCAGCAACCAUCAUCCAGCGUGCUUAUAAGAGUUACCGCUUAAGGCAAAAUGACAAAAACACAUCAGAUAUCCCUAUAAUAGAUGAUGACAGAGAUGAUCCUGCUUCUAAAGGUGCACGUUCUGACAAAAUUGAGGAAAAGACAUCUAUUCAAACCCAGAUCUGAUUUCAUUUCCCACUUGUGCUUUCUUCACAUAUCCUCCAAACACCAAGUUUAACUAAGUACAAUUACGGAUCAGAGAGUAGAGAAAAUGAUUACAUGUUUGUCGAUACACACAUCUCCAUGCCAAGCUCAUUUUCAUGUUUGGUCUGCCCAAUGCAUCUAAAGUAGGUUACUGUCAUCAUGUGGCUAUUUAACUUUUUCUACAGGGCUUUCCUGGUGUUGCCUGUGGCGGAAGAUGAGUGGGAGGAAAUGAAAAAAAAAAAAUGGCAGUAAAGUUCAGCAGCCAAACGACUUUUCUUUUCUAUUUUAUAUGUAAUUUCACAGGUAGCUAGGUCACCACUCCUGGGGCUUAGUUGCAAAUAUGUGAUACUUCCUUAAAGUGAGAUUUUGCUUCUGAGAAUCAUUGCAUUACAUCACAAGCAUUACAUCACAAGCAUGCAUUACAUCACAAGCAUGCAUCAAUAAAUGCUGCUGGCUGUAUGGGAAAAUGCAGUUCCUCAGAAAGUGCCUUUGAGUUCGGUCACAGAGAUUUUAGGCUAAUUUACAACACAUAUCCUUUGAAAGGUUUGGCUUGACACCUUUUUCUUGCUAUUCUUUUUUCUUUACUUCUUGGCCUUUUGUAUGUUUGGUUGGUUGGCUUUUGUUGUUGUUGUUGUUGUUGUUGUGGUGGUGGUGGUGGUGGUGGUGGUGGUGGUGGUGGUUUGACAUCUGUUGUUUAGUUUCAGACAGUGGAUGCUGACAUUGCUUCCUUGCUCUUGGGCUCCUGUUUCCUCAUCUCUCUAGCAAGCUCUGCAUGAGGCUCAGCAGAUUAGAUUCAUAGAGUGAGAAGCACAGAAGGAACUACUCUCUAAUCCUACAUUUUCUAUAUUUUCUUCACAUUUAUACCUUUUUAAAGUACACAUUUAUUAAAUAGAUACAAUAGAGAUAAAUGUGAAUGGACUAAAGCUUCACCUUAUUGUAAAAACUGAUGUAUUUUUUACCAUUUAUCCAUAGCAGAUGCAUGCUGUCAUAUAAAUGAGAAGAGUCGAAGGCAACCAGCAUGUCUAGGGAUUUUCAGUGCCCUGACCCUUAAUUAGGAAAGUGGAGACUUGAAAGUUUUCAUUGCACUUUGUAUUUCUUGUAUCUUAAAAAAGUAAAGUGAUCCUUAAAACAAUAGGGCCUAUGAAUUAACAGACAAAAUUAAAUUGGUAUUUGAUAACAUCAUUAUAUGCAAAUUAGAUUUAGUUGCUCAUUUAGCUUUUACCUACUUAUUUGUUUUAUAUUUUGUCAUACAUACAAGUGCUCAUGUAAAUGUUUUAUAUUUGAGAAUCUGUAAAAUAACAAACAUUAAUUUUCAUUACUGACAUUAUUACUAAUAUUGUUGAUUUUGAUUUAUUCAUAAAAUUGUUUAAUUCCCUUCAUGUAGUUUGAGAAUCUGAUAUUUACUCCCUUUGUAUGAAAACUGAUUUCACUGUGCCUAUGAAGUCCUCCAGAAUUAGAAAGAAAAUAUAUAUUCUGUUGACUUACAUAACAAGCUUUAAAUGUGUUUUAUGACACUCAAUGCCAUGAUGUCCUAGAGAUUGUAUUUUGCAAUGAAUGCAUGAUUGUGAGCCUUAACUCCUGUUAUCUGCUUCUGCUCUUCAGAAACUUAGUAACUUUACCAACAUGCCUUGAAAGACCACCUAAGUAAAUGUAAUUUCAGAGUCAGGUGGGAUUUUUUAUAAAAAUAUUUCCCUUUCACUGCUCACUCUCUGUCUUGUGAUAGAGACAAGAGAGGCAUGGGAUGUUUAACUAGUAACUUGGUGACAACUGGUGUGUUACCUCAACUUCUCAGUUUUUUCAUUCCUGGAAAUGCCUUAAUGUGGAAAUUGCUGCAGAAACUAAAACUGAAUUGUAACUUGCUUCCAUAAAUGCCAUGAUGACAACACACUGAUUUGAGUUUGAAGAUCAUUUUGCUAUUACUUAUAAAGAAUGGUGAGCAAUAACCAUGCAAAAUUGCAGGAAGUUUCAUUUCUGAAAGAUUGUUGCCAUAUGUUCUACUUUUGAGAUAUUGCAGGAAAUAAUAAAUGUCACCUGUUAAGCACA